CGCUCGUUGUUCCGCUCCAUGCACCGACCGAGCGGAACAUUUGCGCUCUCAAUGUGGAUCGCGACAUGUCUUUGAAUUCAGCACUGGACGUGCAGGCCAUCGCGUCAUUGGCACAACAGCAGCAGCAAGACGAGCAGAACGCGAGUAGCAGCACCAACGGCACGAAGCGCAAGGCCGAGGAUCAAGGCGGGCAGCCGCGAGCUCGCAGGAAUCGCUAUGUCUCCAUCGCAUGCAAUGAAUGUAAGCGGCGCAAGAUCAAGUGCAAUGGGCAGACCCCAUGCCAGCGAUGCGGCAACUUGAACCUCGAGUGUGUGUAUGCCCCCAACUGCUGCAAUGGCUUCAAAGAGUCGCAGGAGUACAAGGAAAUGUCCGGGCAUAUAUCUUUGCUGCAGGAGCAAAUGAACUCGUUAUAUGAGCAGCUCAAUCAGCUCCGGGCACAUGUGAGCGGGCAGCUCGCACCUACAACCCACCCAGCCGGCACAGCGAUCGACCCUUCGCUACAGCAAUAUUCCACCCAACGAGCGUCUCUCGCUGCGACGCAGGCAUCACCCGGAGGACCUGUUUCGCCUAGCCACUUCCAUCGACCAAGAGCUUCGAGUCAAUCUCAGAACAGAUAUAAAGGUCCCACGAGUGUAGCUUUCAACCUGGGAGUUGCAAAGACCAGCCUUGAAUCAAUGGGAAUAGCAGGUCAAGGCGAAGAAGAUGUCAGUGGAAGCGGCGAAGCAGGCACUGGGACGGCAGAAGGGACACCUCAGCGAAGCCCCGUACCGAGAGCUGGUCAAAUAUGCCAAACCAUACACGCGGAUAAAGACCCGAUAUGGAGUAUACCCCAAGAGGAGGCGAUCAGGUUAUGUCGAGUAUACGAGGAUGAGAUGGGACUCAUGUAUCCUGUGCUUGACAUCAACAAAAUCGUGGAAUACGCGUCCAAGCUGUACAGGUUCAUGGAGGCUGCGCGUCGUGCAGGGCUCAUGCAACAAGGCCUGCCUGGCGCUGAUGCUAUUGACGAUGAGGAGACAAACAUCCUGAAGCUAGUUCUGGCUACUGCGUUGACGACAGAGGCUGGUGGGCGCAGCGAGCUCGGGCAGCGUUUGUUCGAAUACGUGCAACCUGCUAUUGACACGAUGCUGCUUGGAGCAGUCGGCGUCAAGGCGCUUCGCAUGCUCACCAUGACAGCAAUGUACGAGUUUCACCGUGACAACGAAGGCACAUCCUGGCGGCUCAUUGGCUUGACAGCUCGCCUCUGCAUCGAGCUUGGACUACACAGACGCGAGACAUACGAUGCCAUCAAGGACGAGUCCGAGCGAAUCGAUACGAUACUCCUCUUCUGGUCGAUAUACGUCCUCGACAGACGUUGGAGUUUCGGCACGGGCAUGCCAUUCGCCUUGCAAGACUCUGAUAUCGAUCCGCAAAUGCCGAAGCCAGAAGACCGGUCGCCGUACUUGAGCGCUAUGAUUCAGUACUCCGGAAUUGCGAGCAAAGUCUGGAGAUCUGUUGCAGCUACGGCAUCAUCCACGAAAGGCAAUGUUGCAAUCAACGAGGAUGAGAUGAAUUACCUUGACUAUCAGGUCAUCCAGUGGCAUCGCAACGUUCCUGCACAGCUUCGAUUUGAACAUCCGUCGUCUUCGUCGGGUACAGUGGCCACACCGGUCGGUCCAUCGGUCUCUCGAGCUGGUCAUCGUCUUCGCAUUAUACUCUACCUGCGAGCCAACCAAAUGCGCAUUCUGAUCUAUCGGCCGGUGUUGCACUCUGCGACGUCAAUCAUGCAACAUCGGGAGCAGGCACAGACGGCAGUCGAUGUGGCCAAGGACACGAUCCGCGUACUCACCCACAUCAACCAGACUUCGGACCUCUAUCAGACACAACAGUGUCUCUUCAAUGCCUUCCUCACCUCUGCUCUGGCUGUGCUUUUCCUCGCAGUCUCGCACACGCCUGCUCUGUUCGCGGAAAGCGUACGAGAAGAAUUCUAUAUGGCUCUUGACCUCAUUCGCGGGUUUAGCAAAGGCAGCUGGGUUUCCAAACGCCUUUGGAAGACUAUUCGAGUUCUCAAAGAGGUUGGUCCGAAACUUGGAUUACACAUCAAGGAAGCACCGAAUACUACACAAGGCCAGAAGAACGCGGUCAUCGAAGAAGACCCCGACCCAAACAGGUCUGCAGCCGUGGCGAUGGCAGGGUUGGCAGGCGUCAACGUGGACGAGAUGAGUCUCUACAAUGGGGCUCCCCAACAGCAUCAAUGGAAUGCGCCUCAUGCUAGCAGUUCUAGUCCUGAGAAUAUGGUGCACGAUCUGACGAGUCUGUUCGAGGCGGCUGGUGGGUAUCAGGGAAUGGGCUUGAAUGGGGAUCAUGGAGGUUUCUCGGAGCAUGCGCUGACUGAUGGUUUCGUGGAUGAGGGGUUGAGCAACAUUUUGAAGGAGUUAUUUUGAUGUGUAGGCACACGCGGACUUCAAUUCGCAUAGAAAGCUGUUCUGCAUGCAUCCAUGCGUUAAUGCAAUGCGCUGUGCAAUGUCCGGGCAAGUUUGGGACUCAGCCAGCGUGCAUGUCGAAUGUGUCCCUCAGGCCCAAGAUGAAUUACAUGACAUUGACAGAUCACAAAAGAGCGGAACGGUGCGUGCGAUUAGGAGAA